GUCAGCCGCGCACGCCACAAUGAUUGUCCUAGCCAUCUUGUUAGUCAUUCUCGCGCUGUUUUACUAUUACAACAAAAACUCUUACAAAUAUUGGGAAAGCAAAGGCAUAAAACAUGACAAACCCGUACCGAUAUUCGGGAACAACUUCAGAAAUUUCGCGUCGAAGAAAAGCGUAACUGAAUUAGCCGCUGAAACGUAUUGGAAAUAUCCGAAUGAGAAAGCAGCUGGUUUCUACAGAGCUGGACGGCCGGAGUUAGUGGUCAGAGAUCCUGAAAUUAUCAAGCGUAUUCUUACAACUGAUUUCCUCAAUUAUUACCCGCGUGGACUGAAUAUUCAUAAGGAUAAUAUUGAGCCUAUUAUGCGGAACUUGUUCUUUGCGGAUGGAGAUCUAUGGAGGCUUUUGAGGCAGCGGAUGACGCCGGCGUUUACUAGUGGCAAACUAAAAGCCAUGUUCCCGCUGAUUGUGGAAAGAGCUGAGAAGCUGCAGGCCUGUGCUCUGUCUGCUGCUGCAGCGGGAAAUACGAUUGACGCUCGUGAGCUGAUGGCUCGAUACACCACUGACUUCAUCGGAGCUUGUGGCUUCGGACUCGACGCUGACUCUCUUAACCAGGACGAUUCUGAAUUUAGGAAACUUGGUGCUAAAAUAUUCAAACCCACUAUCAGAGACAUCUUAGUUGCAAUAUUAAACUUAGUCGUGCCCAGUGUUGGCAAACAUUUCAAAAUAUUUCAGCGUAUUGAAUCCGACAUACUCACGUUGACUAAAGAGAUUUUACAUCAGAGAAACUACGAACCUGCGGGCAGGAACGAUUUUGUUGAUUUAUUGCUUGAAUGUAAAAAAAAGGGUUUGAUUGUUGGUGAAUCUAUAGAACGCAAGAAACCAGACGGUAGUCCUGAAACAGCGACUUUAGAGUUAGACGAUGCACUUAUGGCCGCUCAGAUUUUCGUAUUUUUUGCUGCUGGAUUUGAAACAUCAUCGUCUGCGACCAGUUUCACACUGCACAUGCUGGCCUACAAUCCUGAAGUGCAGAAGAAAGUUCAAGAAGACAUUGAUAGAGUACUAAGUAAAUAUGAUAACAAACUCAGCUACGACGCUGUUAAAGAAAUGACGUAUUUGGAUUGGACAUUUAAAGAAGGGAUGAGAAUAUUCCCGUCACUUGGAUUUUUAAUGAGAGAAUGUGUUCGAACGACCCCAAUUCCGGAAUUAAAUAUAUCAGUGGAUGCUGGUGUCAGAGUGUUUAUCCCAAUUCAAGCUUUGCAAAAUGAUCCCCAGUACUUCGAGGAACCUGAGAAGUUUCGACCGGAAAGAUUCAGUCCAGAGGAAUUGAAUGAUGCUAAUAAAUAUAUUUAUUUGCCAUUUGGUAUAGGACCACGAGCGUGCAUAGGUGAGCGGCUUGGUCUAAUGCAGUCUUUGGCCGGAUUAGCAGCCAUUUUGUCCCGUUUUACUGUGGAACCGGCACCAGAAACAAAACGGUACCCUGCUGUCAAUCCCAGAUCCGGCAUCGUGCAGAGCGUGAAAGACGGUCUGCCGCUACAUUUCAAGGAGAGGAAAGGGAUAUGAUAAACAUUUUACUCUUAAACAGUACAAUUGUUAUUGGUUGUCUUUUUCUAUCGAAUUAUUAUGAGCUACCGAUAUUUCGAUACUGUUAUAAGUAUUC